AUGCAAUUGAUUGGCCUGACAUUUGCUGGUAGUGUCCGGCUGUGUCAGACUGGAGGGGUGCAAGGCCAUUCAUUGUUCAUUGUGAAGAGCUUACCGCGAGUGGAGUCCGUAAAGUUUAUUGAGGAUCUGCAGGUUUACCUGAAGGAGAUCUCCUAUCACGAUGUUCUGCCACGCCUGGAGCUGCUCAUGCAAUGCAAGCGGCGCUUUGGACCCAAACUCUUUCAGUGCCUUAAGCGGCCGGAGAACACGCUGGUGUUUGAGGACCUCGGCCAUUUGGGCUUUGUGAUGGCCUGCCGCGAAUCGGGCCUGAAUGAGGAGCACUGCCGCUUGGUUAUGGAACGUCUGGCAGAGUUCCACGCCACUUCCAUGGCGCUGGCAGUGCUGGAUCCGCACAUCUUUGAGUCCUACAGCGAUGGUAUGCUGUCGCCCAACGGCCUGGCCAAGGACGAUGGCCUUCUGAUGCGCUUCUUAGCAGGCAACGGCGAGCGCAUUGCCGAAAAGAUUGCCAAAUACAUGAAAAAUCAUCGCGCGAAUCUGGUGCGCUGCCAGGCGCUGCAGGACCAGGAGAUCCGGGUACUCAACCACGGCGACCUGCGGUCGAACAAUCUACUCUUCACGUACAACAACGCCAAGCGGCCGCAGGACCUGAUCCUCAUUGACUUCCAGCUGAGCAUCUGGGGCAGCCCGGGCAUCGAUCUGAACUACUUUUUCUACACCAGCCUCAGUCUGGAGGUGCUGCGACACAAGCGGCCCCAGCUUCUGCGCAUCUACCACACGCGCCUGUCAGAGACGCUUCUAAACCUCGACUUGGGCAUCCCUGUGCCCAGCUACGAGCAAAUACUGGAGGAGGUGCACCGCCGCGAGUGCUAUGGAUUCUUUGCCAGCCAUGGCAUAUUCCCCACCGUCAGCCAGGACAAGUCCCAGACGGCAGACAACAAUUUGGAGAACUUCACCGACGCCGACUUUGCCAAGCAGAAGGUGCGUCAAAUUUUUGAGUCACCGCGUUUGCGUGAGACUUUGCGACACACUUUGCCCCAUUUUGAGCGAGCGGGGGUCUUGGAUUAACAUAAUAAUCAGCACUUACUUGUUAAAGAAAACGUUUAGACGAUUGCGCUUAGCUUAAAUUGAAGUUAAAACACUUUAAAUAUCACUUUUAAAUAUCACAAUGUUUUGCCACCAAAACUUUUCAUUGAGCGUUUACAG